UGCCGUCUAGAUGGAGUGCUGUUCACUUGCUGAGUGUCAAAAUGUGGACGGCGCUUCAUCUUCUGAUUCUACUGAUCCCAUACGGAGGAUGUGUUGGUGGUCCGGACUUUACGACAAAGACGAUUGCAGUUGGACAGAAUGUCUCGCUGAAUUGUACCUAUAAAGUGCAAACGUUAAAUCUUGUUUGGAUCAGACUUGUUCCUGGAACUAUUCCUGAAAUUUUAUUUGGAUCGUCAAAUACACUUAAAAAUGAGCCAUCAAAACGUGGACGUCUCACAGCCAAAAAAGAGUCUGGAAGGUUUGUUCUGCAAAUUAGUAAAGUGCAGAAAAGUGAUAUUGCAAUAUACUACUGCUUGAGAGUGACUUACCCGGAGAAGUUUUUGAGUGGAACAUUUCUUCAGGUCAGAGAUAAUGAGACUGAGAUUCAAAACUUGGGGUCUGAUGAGAGCCGACCAGGACCGUACGAGAGCUCACAGUGCUCCGUCCUCCAUCCCGUCCGUGGCACUGAAAGUUGUACAGAUGGACACAAAGUUUAUUGGUUCAGUUCUGGAACUAACGGCGUACUUGCCAGCUUCGUUUAUGCUCAUGAGCAGUGUGAAAAGGUCAGAAACGACUUGAUGCAGAAAUGCGUUUACGCUGUUUCGAAAAACGUCAGCUCUUCUGAUGCCCGAACGGACGUUUGUGCUGUGGCCACCUGUGGAGAGAUUUUUAUAGGAAAGGCAACAAAUAAAGAUCGUCCAGCUCAAAAUGCCAGCGGGUGUGAUACAUGUCAGUAUGUUGUCUACGUCUUGGGUGCUGCUUUGGUCUCAAUCGUCAUCUUUUUAGCCAUCCUCAUCGAAAAGAGAAUGACACAAAAAUGCUUUGGCUGCAGAGCUUGUUCACAAACCCAUGAAGAAACAUCCAGUCAUGUGAAGCAAAGAGACGAGGACUCCUUGGUUUAUUCCGUGCCGAAAAUCAGUACCAGGAAAAGUGGUAAAGCGAGCCAGACGAAUGCGAGAACCCCAGAGGAAUUUUGUGUAUAUUCCGGUGUUCAUUUGUACCCAAAUGAUCAUGCUGUUAAAAAAUGCAGCGGAAGCCAAUUUUCUGCAUUUCAGUGUCACGAUAGUUUGCAACCUGCAGAUGUCUUCAUGACUGAGUGGAUCGACAACACUCGGGUCAGCCUCGCUGUCACGAUGACCGCCGGACUAACUGCACUCGUACUUCUCAGCGCGCCAUCUCUGAUUCAAGCACUGGAGCCAGUGUCUUUGGUCAGCGUGGAAGUUGGUCUUAACGUGACUUUUGCAUGCUCACGCACCGAGAAUACGGGAGACAUAUUUUACUGGUACAAGAUAAAAGUCGGUUACGUGAUCGAAACCAUCGUGGAGGGCUACUUUGGAGAACUAUUCCUUCGAAGUCACUUUCAAAACGGCAGAUUCACAAGUUGGCACACAGGAGACGUUUACUUUUUAAACAUCGCCAAUGUCAACAAAGAGGACGAAGCCACGUACACUUGCCAAGCUGGCACCUCGUACAACAUGCGCUUCAUUGGCAGUACACAUUUGCUUGUGAAAGGUCCCAUGCACAAGUCCUUCAACGUGAAGCAAAUUCCGCAAGCCAUGUCCGUCGAGGCGGGCCAGUCGGUGACGCUCCAGUGUUCCAUUCUCUCAGAGAGCAAGGAGAACAACAGUCUGUGUCCGGGUGAAUGCAGCGUGUACUGGUUCAAAUCCGGAUCACAAGACUCCUCCUCGCACAUCAUUUACACCGAGGCAGAUGAUGAAAAGGCACAAGGGAGCUGUGUCUACCAUCUGUUCAAACUCAUCCAGAACUCGUCCGAUAGUGGGACAUACCACUGCGCGGUGGCAACAUGUGGGCAGAUCCUGUUUGGCCAAGGAACUCAUGUGGAGAUACAACAAGAUCUGAAACCAGUCGGCAUCGUGCUCGGGACUCUGCUUGCCUCUUCCGUGAUUGUGGUCGCUGUUGUCACGAUCUAGUUUCCAUGCAUUUAUUGUGAAUUAAAUCUUGAUCUUUGGAACAAAA